CUGUCCAAUCAGUGCAGACGGAUCCCGGAAGGAAGUGUCACCCAUUCAGGAUUGUUGCUUCAACUGUUGCAAUGACAUGAAGAAGACUUCCUUGUAUUGCACUGCAUGUGUUUCUUCGUGUAAAUACUCUUUUUCUUAAAUCAACAAGGCUAAAGUUCACAGACAGAUAAACGAACUGCAGAUGGGAUAUAUGACAGUAGCGGAGCAAAGCUCCACCCUACUCCACCUCAAGAGAUCUCCGGGUAUCCGCUCUUGGUCUCUUCUUGUUGGCAUAGCAUCUGCUGGACUGGCAGCUGCAUACUACAGCUCAGACAGCACGCUGUGGAAGCUCUUCUACGUGACCGGCUGCUUGUUUGUGGCCAUGCAGAAUAUGGAGGAGUGGGAGGAGGCUGUGUUUGACAAAACCAAGAACGAAGUAGAGCUCAAAACCUUCAGUUUGUAUGCUUUUAUCUUAACAUUAUGGAGGAAGGGGCAAGAGAGAGUUGUGUUAGAUCUGGCACAGCUGUGUGACGUCUCUGUGCAGGAGGAGAGGGUGCGGUACUUAGGGAGGGGUUAUCUGUUGGUGUUGAGGUUAGCUGCAGGCUUCUCCUACCCCCUCACACAGAGUGCCACAAUAAGUGGACGCAGUGACGUGGAGGCGGUCGGUGCCCUGCUGAAGCGAUUCCUGGAGCUGGAGGAGCUGCAGAAACGCAGGCAGCAGGAGUUUGAGGCUCAGUAUGGAGACGAUGAAGAAGAUUCGCCAGACGAUGGAGCUGACCCAGACGAUGAAGCAGACUAA